CGCAGACGAGGAUGUGGGUGGAGGCAGACUGAAUGGAAAACACGUCAGUCUUUGCUUCCAAACUUUUCGGCUGAACCUGAGCGACGAGGAAACUGCUGAUCCCACAUGGCUGCUGUCGGCGUGCUGCUGCUGCUGGCGGCGGCGACGGUCUGCGGCGGCAGUCUGGUGGCGGUGAACUCGGGCGUGGAGGUCACCAGGGGUCGGUCGGUGUUCGUCACACAGAGGGAGCUGAGGAUCAGCGUGGGUCCAGGCGCGGACUGUAAGGUGGAGGUGGUGAUGAACGAGCCCGUUACUCAGAGGGCGGGGAGGCUGACUCCGCAGGUGUUUGACUGCAGCUUCCUGGAGGACGAGGUGAAAUACGUCCACAAUGGGAGUCCUCUGCUGGACGAGGACACGGUGAUGCUGAGAGUCUACAGGUCAGUGGACACACGGUUAACAUCAGUAACAGUAACAACAGCAAUUUCUCACCAAAAACAACAACAAAAAACUGUCAGAUGUUGA